AUGUUUAACAUAAAUCAGGCAUAGAUCAAGAACAACUUGUUGAUAAAUAAAUUUGAAGUUAUUGAAUUUACAAUUGAUACUAUUGCUAAUUAUAACGAUUAACUUAUUUAAUUUGAAAAUGGAAUACUUUAAUUAAAAAUAUAUUUAAUAUAAUAGCCCAAUAAAACUUUAAGCAUUGAAGAUUCCUUCCGAGAAUAAAUUAUAUCAUUUCUUAUUAGAUAAUUUAUUACUCAAUUUUUAAACUAGCACGUAAUGGUAGUAUUGGUAUUUAUAAAUUAUAAUAAUUAUUAAAGUUUUUUGCUAAUCAAUGAAUGAACUUAAGUAUUAAAAAUGAAAUAAGAUACUUUCAGCCUUCUUUAAAUUUCGUCCUAUAUCAUAAUUGUUCUGGUUUUAAAUCUUAAACUCCAACAAUUAAUUAUCAAUUUACUAAAUAAAAUUUAAAUGAUCUAUAAAUAGAAAAAGAAAAAUCUGAAAUAUCUGUAGAUUAAAAUUACAAAUAAGAAAAUGAACAAGAAUUGUUGACUUUGAUUCUAAAGAUUAUAUUUAAGAUAACUAAAUAAACUCCUAAAUCUAAUCUAUUCUAUGGUUAAACUAUUUUAUGA